CAAGCACACCACUAUCUCAACUCUUCCGAUUCCCGAGUAAAUUACAACCCAAAUCGCGAUAAUGGCACCCAGAGCCGAGAAGAAGCCAGCCGAGAAAAAGCCUGCGGCGGAAGAGGCCAAGGCAGCGGAGAAAGCCCCGGCGGAGAAGAAACCAAAGGCCGGGAAGAAAUUGCCACCUAAUAAGGAGGCCGGCGACAAAAAGAAGAAGAGAUCGAAGAAAAACAUCGAAACCUACAAGAUCUACAUCUUCAAGGUGCUGAAGCAGGUUCACCCAGACAUAGGGAUCUCGAGCAAAGCCAUGGGGAUUAUGAACAGCUUCAUCAACGAUAUCUUCGAGAAGCUGGCUCAGGAAUCCUCGAAACUCGCUAGGUACAACAAGAAGCCGACGAUUACAUCUCGCGAGAUCCAGACUGCUGUCAGACUCGUCCUCCCCGGUGAACUCGCUAAGCAUGCCGUCUCUGAAGGUACCAAGGCCGUGACCAAGUUUACCAGCUCUUGAAGGAACUAGGUUUAAGGGUUUUUUAGGGAUUUCGAUUUGCUAUGUUAGGGAAUUAGAUGCUUUGCUUUCUUAAUUUUGUAUUUUGUGGAUGUAUCUAGAAAGAAGAGAUCACUGCUGGUUUCUUCUGUUCUUAUAAUUCAAUGUCGAAUGAUAUAUUGUAAUGUUUUUCAUUUCGAUUUACCAAUUGAGAUGAUGGACUUGCAAUUUCUUAUAUAUAAAUCUUUUUAUUUAUA